AUUGGAGUAUAUAUAUGUAUAAACCUUUUCUUUUUGUCUCGAGAAGCAAAUACAUACAUCCUUGCCACCUGAAAAAGAUAAUAUAAAAUAAUCGCAGAAAAUCCACGCCUAAACUAAAGUUCCCUCCAAAAAGCAUCAAUGGCGAGUUUCCUAAUCCCCAACUCGGCCUCUCUUACUCUCCCUAUACGCCCAAAACCCACACGUGCCACCUUCAAGUCUCUGCAUGGGCCGACCCCGCCGGUAAUCCGUUUCAGCAAAACAAGGAGAGGUUCAGCGCUAAUCCCACGUGCAGGGCCAAGCACGAGUAGCUACGUGUUCGCAUUCGUGUUCCCGCUCUCUCUCCUCAUUGGCACCAUUAUAACCUCUAUUAGAAUUGCUGAUAAGCUAGACAGAGACUAUCUUGAGGAGCUCGCUAUUAAUCAGGCUAUCAGGGAGGCAGAUGAAGAUAGUGAUGAUGAUGACGACGACGACGACAAUGAUACCGACAUGCCCUUGGAGAAUGAAGAGCAGCAGCCAGCGCUUCAAGGCACAAGGACACGCAACCGGCCAAAACGGGAGGCCUAGUAGGCUUCACCGUAUAUGUUUGUUUGUAUGAUCGUAAGUAGGCAAACCAAGAGUGCGCCUCAUUAUAUAGAAAAGUCAAUGGUAGUUCCUUAAUCUCCCUGUAAUUCUCAAGGAGCUUCUGUCUACAAAUCCAUUGCUGGAGUAACUGCGGUGUAUGGGGCUUAAAAUUGUGGAUAUCAUUGGUUGAUCAUGAAAGAGAAUGUUGUACUCGUAUUGUAAUUGAUGUUAUCUCGAAGAAGUAGAUGAUUUUGCUUUUUUUUUUUCA